GCCAACAUCUCGCCAAGUGCCCCGUAUUAUGAAGAUCUUAUUGUCUCUCAGUCUCGUCGUUCCACCAUGGCUCGUCGCAGCAUACGCAGUCGACCCUCCCAGCACAGCGGCCCCUGAUACCAUCGCGGACUGCACUUAUUGGCAUAUAGCUGCAGAGACCGAGACAUGCAGCGGCAUUACUGAGUACUGGGGUCUCACAGAAGCUCAGUUCGCCACAUACAACCCUGUUCUGACUGAAAGCUGCGACCUCAUCGUUGGUAACUCCUACUGUAUCGAGCAGAAUUGGGGUCUUCCCGCCCCAACUCCCACCAGCAGCGCAGCUACCAGCACCAGCGCAACCUCAGCCCCAACCACCACUCCCACCCCGCUGACAGAUCUUGAGAUAUGUGAGGCUGAAGCUGGUGGGUAUGAUAAAUACUGCGAACGCUGUCUCUCGCGCUGCGCAACCUCUGCGGUGAAGGACCACUGUUUCUACAGCACGUUUUUCGUCAUAAAUAGCUAUGAUAGUGAUUGUUGGAAACACGGGGGAAGCGACUGUGCGAAUAAGGCAGUGGAUAUCGUCUGCCCCCAGAAGUAGGAAAUGAAUAUGAGGGACUUGACAGAGUCAAUCUCUCAUCUGGAUACAGUCGAUCUGUAACUCAAAGACCCCGCAAGAAUCUGCAGUAAGCAAAGACAGGAAGGAUCUGUUAGAAGAAAACAGGGCUGCUUGCCUAACUCCUUGGUCCUACUCACCGGAUCUUGAGUGUGACGGAACAAAUACACGUCAAAUUUAACCUCCAGGAUCUCGGCUCUCAC